AACAAUCAUAGCAUACAUAAGCUGUAAAAGCAUUGAUAUGUGUUGUUGUUAUACAAUAACAUACAAUACAGUCGUAUAUUAAUUAAUAUAACACUUGAUUUGUGUUGUAAUGUAUUAGUAGUGAAAUACUUCAUAACAUUGUAUUUAUGGCAUUGUAUUAGUAAUUAAAGUGAUUGUUGUUUAUAACCAUUUGAUAGCAUAUUAUUAGUCAUAUAUAUAAUACAAGACUGUAAUCAAAGUGUGGUUAAGACAAAGUGGUCAUAAGUGACGACCAGACCAUCGCUACCAUUGAUGGACUCAUUUGUUGAUAUUUGACUCAACCAAUUGUGUCAAUAAUAUCACAUCCCAUAAGAUAUAUCAUCACUUGAGUUGUCAAUCACUUUCACUAAACAAUCAAAAGGCAUAACAAUUGCUGUCAUCACUUGAUUGUCACUACUUUGUCAUUGACUGCUAUUUUACACAAGAAAUUGACAUAUUAUCACAUUUAUUGUCGAUGUCAUUGGUUUAGCACUAAUCCAAGGCUUAUAAUAUAAGUCUAAAUCCAUCAAAAAAAGACAAGUGUUUGUUAUCAUUGUCUAACUUAUAAAUCAUAUUUAAUUUUGUUUAAUUGCCAUCAAAAUCAUCUCAAGUAAUGCCACUCUUCGGCAAGUCAUCAAAGAGUCCGUACGACUUAAUAAAGUCGUUGUCAGAGGCGUUGACAGCACUGGAAAAGGGCGACAAAAAGGCCGAUAAGGCUCAGGAAGAAGUAUCAAAGAAUUUGGUGCUAAUGAAGAACAUGUUGUACGGGACUAAUGAAACGGAGCCACAGACUGACAUAGCAGUGGCACAGUUAGCUCAGGAACUGUAUAAUUCAAAUCUGUUGUUAUUAUUGAUAAACAAUUUGUCGCGUAUCGAGUUCGAGGCCAAGAAGGACGUGGCGCAGGUUUUCAAUAAUAUAUUGCGCCGACAAAUCGGCACCCGAUCGCCGACUGUAGAGUACAUGUGCACUAAACCAGAGAUAUUAUUCACAUUAAUGGACGGAUACGAGAAGCACGACAUCGCACUUAAUUGUGGAUCAAUGCUUCGGGAGUGCGCCCGAUAUGAAGCAUUGGCUAAAAUAAUGCUUCAAUCAGAGGAUUAUUAUAAAUUCUUUGAUUACGUGGAAGUGUCGACAUUUGAUAUCGCAUCGGACGCCUUCUCGACAUUCAAAGAGCUUCUAACCCGACACAAGAGUUUAAGCGCCGACUUCUUAGAGCAGAAUUACGACCGAUUUUAUGGUUGUUAUCAAAAUUUGCUAAAUUCAGGCAAUUAUGUGACUAAAAGACAGUCACUAAAACUAUUAGGCGAACUAUUACUGGACAGACAUAACUUUACAGUAAUGACCCGUUAUAUCAGUUCACCCGAUAAUUUAAAGCUAAUGAUGACAAUGUUGAGAGACAAGUCUCGAAACAUACAGUUUGAGGCGUUCCACGUGUUUAAGGUGUUUGUGGCCAACCCUAAUAAACCCAAACCCAUACUCGAUAUACUAUUGAGGAAUAAGGAUAAACUCGUCGAGUUUUUAACCAAAUUUCAAACCGAUAGGUCAGACGAUGAACAGUUCAACGAUGAAAAGGCUUAUCUUAUAAAACAAAUACGUGAACUCAAACCAUUAGAUACCGACCAAAAUCAUUGAACACAUCUUUAAAUUAAUUAAUUAUUAUUAUUAUUAUUAUUAU